AUGGACAAUCCCGUGGCUGCAAAUGUGCUCGGCACAGCUGGAGCUAGGCAGCUUAUCCCCCAAAUCAUCAUCAACUAUCGUCGUCACAACACCACCGGCCUGCAGCCCUCAAUGAUGAUGCUGUGGGCGUGUGCAGGCGUUCCACUUGGAGUGUACAACAUCACCAAGGAGUUCAAUAUAGCCCUACGCAUCCAGCCUCAGAUUCUUACACUCUUAAGUCUGAAAUGGCCUGUUUCUCGCUGUCUUCUCGUAGCCAUUCCCAUCGCUCUCUUGAUGGCUGGUACACAAAUUGCCCUCAUCUUCGCCCUUCGAGCGGCUCACUCUAAGCAUCUCACAUGGCCAGAUACUUUAAUGGCAAUCCUCUCGGCGGCGUUCCUCGCUGCUGGCGUGCUCAGACACUACUGGGAUAUAUAUGUCCAUCGAUCAGUGCGCGGAAUCUCAUUCAUAUUUGUGGGCAUCGAUGCUGCCGGCGAUAUCUUCUCACUCGUCUCAGUAUUCUUCCAGCCGAAACUGGACAUCCUCGGCAUGGUGAUAUACGGGACUGAGCUAGUCCUUUGGAUAGGCGUAUUCGCUUGUGGUGGUUAUUUCAACUUGCUGCCUUGGGUGAAACAGAAUCUGAAGAUGCCCUCGGAGCCUGAUGGAGCCCACAGUGGCUCUGAGGUAUCUACAGAUCCUACCACUCAACCACCUCAUGGCAUCUCUCUUCGAAACAUUCCGUCAUCCACAUCCGUCUUUAGAACGCCAUCAAGCGAAUUUACUGUCGCAAGAGCCAGAGCUGGAUUUCACGAUGCCGAUGAUGAGAGUGUCACAAUAUCACGAGGAUGA